AUGAGUUCAUCAAACGAAUCAUCAACCAGCAAUACCAUCACCAUCACCACCACCACCUCAUCAAAACCCAUCACAUCUCAGGAUCUCAUUCAGUCAAUCUACACAAUUCUUAAUUCUGAUCAAAGUUCAGAUCAAACUCAGGAUCAUCUUAUCACCCUCGACUGUGGUCAUUCAAUCUCCAAUGAUCAUCACCAAAAACAAACAGACUCGACGAAUCUAAUCCGAUGUCCAAAACCAAAUUGUGAUCAAAGACCACAACCGAUCCCAUCGACCAAUUUCACCAUCCAAAGUAUUUUAACACACAUACAAAAAGACUCGCACUCAAGCAGUAAAGAAGAAGAAGAAAAAGACAAAGAAAAAGACAAAGAAGAAAAAGAAACGAAAUUAAUUCAAACGAUUUCCACCGAAUUAGAAUGUUCAUUAUGUUCAUUAAUCUUUGAAUUACCAAGUACGACCAGAUGUGGUCAUACGUUUUGUAAAGGAUGUUUAGAAAGAUCAUUAGAUUAUACGAACCGAUGUCCAGUUUGUCGACAAAGCUUAAUCCGACAAACUUUAUCAAUCGAUCAAACCAUUCAAGAGCUAAUCAUGAAAUGUUUUUCAACCCGAUUUCAAACCACAAGGUCUUCUAAUCCAUCAGAAUCACAAGAAUUAUCCAAUCAAGUUUCAUUAUUCAUUUGUGGUUUAGCUUUUCCUAAGCUACCGACAUUCUUACAUGUCUUUGAACCUCAUUAUAGGUUUUUGAUCAGAAGAUCAUUAUCUACUAAUCGUCGGUUCGGUAUAGUCUUACCCACCGAAACAGGCGCCAUCAAUCAGUUUGGUACAUUAGUCGAAAUCAAAUCUAUUGAGUUUUUACAAGACGGUAGAUCAUUAGUUGAAACCAUUGGAAUCAUUCGAUUUGAAAUUUUAAAUCUGACUUGUCUUGAUGGAUAUCAAGUAGCUAAUGUGAAAUGGAUAGAAGAUAUCGAUCCUUCCAUCGAAUCAGAACUAGAUAUAAAUGUCGAAAAAGAAGAAUCGAUUGAAGAUCUAAUCCAAGUUUGUAAUGGGUUUGUAGAAGUCUUAAGAUCAGGUAGUACUCCUUGGGUCCUUCAAAGACUUAAUAAUACUUUUGGUCCUACUCCUACUGAUCCUGCUCAGUUCUCGUAUUGGAUGGCCAUGGUCUUACCUAUGUCAGAUCAACACAAAUCUCAAUUAUUACCGAUCACUUCUGUUAGGUUGAGAUUAAAAUUGAUUGUACAUUGGAUACAUGGAUUUAAAACUCAAUGGUGGUUCAGAGUCUUUUUCUUUCAAAAAUAUCUUAGAUCAAUUCUCUUUGAUCCUUUUUUCUUUUUCUUUUUGAUCAUUCUUUUUGUAAGUUUUUAUCUGAAGAGUUGAUUUGUUGAUCACUCUUUUUUCUUCUUCUUCUUCUUCUUCUUCUUCUUCUGUGAAAGUGUUGUUGUAUAUGUUUAGGUUUUGAUGUUGUAUUUUUGUCUUGUUGCUCUUUUCUGUUGUUUGCUUUAUAAAGAAUCGUUUGAUAAUAUAUAUACAUGAUUUAAUUAACUGAUUGGUUUGUGAUCUUUAUCUUUGGAUCAUUUCUUUUAUGGAGAAAACUGGUUGUCUGAUUUGUUAUUGUUCGAACUCGAUUUGCAUGCAAGUUGUCUCAACUGUUCC